AUGACUUCCCAGUAUGUAACACCUAGAACACACCGAGUCAUGUCUAAAGAAGUCAUUAACAUAAAUGAGAAAGAAGAAAUCAGGUUGAUUAAUGACACUACAUUUGUCUUUGCCAGAUCCAAACAUUUUGUAGGAAGCUCCGACACCGUUUGGGCUAGUGAAUUUAUGUCAAUCCGAACUGAAGAGCCUCAAUUAUUUGAAGCUGCUGAACAACAAAACUAUCAGACAAAGAGAUUCAGAGCAUUGAUGUACAAUCUCAAAGAUAAUGUUUUGCUUUAUUCAGAUGCUACUGACAUGAAGGAUAUGGAAAAUGUUAUUCUCAUUUAA